AUGAACCACCAAGUCUUGAAUGAUGACGUGAUAAAGCUGAAAAAGGAGACACCGCACGAAGUCGCUGGUCUAUAUCUAAAGGAUGGAGAUUGUUUUUUCUGAAGAAAAAAUGCAAUCCUAACUUUUGAGUCGGUAAGGAAAUCUUAUUGUGUCACGGACCAUCUGAAACCUCUUCAGCAGUACUUCCUCUUGAUACUAUUUUUUUGGAAGGUAGCUCAACUCUCUGAGCCUGCGGUUGAAAUCCUGUUGUAUCACCACCCAAAUGAAACCUCUUUAGUAGUACUUUCAUAUGGUAACAUUAAUUUAGUAUUAAGUUCUAACUUUUGAGUCUUGAGGAAAGCCUGCAGCGUGACCAUUCCAGCGAAUUCUCUAAGGGUAAAUUUUUUUCAUAGAUGUUGCCGGAUUUUAUAGAGUACUCAAGAGAAUCAAAAGGUUUAAAAGCAGUUGGAAUCUUGUCUUCGUUGUGGUGUUUUUUUAUUACAUGGUACUGAAUAUAAUUAGUUGCCAAAGCAACCGAAGAACACUGUCAAAACCGAACUUCGAAAGAGAGUUUUAAAAAAGUGAAAAAAAAGAAACAGCAAACAAGCAAACUAGGUUUGCAAGAUCUUGUGAGCUAAUAGAAAAAACGUAGACACAACGCACUUUAGACGACCUGAAAUAUGCAGUUUAUUGUAGGCGAAGCUUAGUGAGAUCGCUUUAUUGAAGUAACAACAUUUGUUACAUACUUAUCGCUACAAAUCACAAAAGAAACUUUACGUUUAACAAUUAGUUCAUGCUUCAGCUGUGCGUAUGUCGAGAUAUUGAGCACUUGGAAAGUUUGGAGAGUACUCAAGAGGUUAAAGUUGUUCUCGGCUGCGACUCAAGCAACUCUUACGCCUCUCUUAUGCUUUCCAAACUUCCCGCGUGCUCAAUAACCCGACAUACGCACGCCGACGCAAGAACUAAAUUGUUAAACGUAAAGUUUCGUUGGUGAUUUGUAGCGAUAAGUUUGUAACAAAUGUGGUUACAUCAAUAAGGCGAUCUCAGUAACAAACCCAGAUGAUCUACAUUUAUACCACAAAUUUAUCUUUUCUUUUUGUCAGGAAAACGAAUUGAUUGUUUGCAACACCUCAGUUCUGGGAUGAUGUCUUCUCAGCCGAGACUACUUUCAUCGAAU